AUGACCAUAGAAUACUCUUCCACCGCACCAGAGCCACCUUCGGCAUUGAAGCACUCUCAAAACGGACACUCUGAUGAUGAUAUCCCUGAUCAUCUGUAUCAAACUCUCCCGCCUCAUUUCAUGGAGCGUGACAGCAAUGGACGAUUGGUACCCGACUACCUGCGUAUGAUCCUGUUAUCCAAGGUCUAUUCAGCGCCCUUAAACCUUCAAGAAACCCCUCUUACACUUGCAGUGAAUCUCUCAGCGCGACUUGGCAACGAGAUCUGGCUCAAGAGAGAGGAUCUCCAACCCGUCUUUUCCUUCAAAGUUCGCGGAGCAUACAACAUGAUGGCCAAUCUUUCCCAAGCGGAAAAAGAAAAAGGGGUCAUUACAUGUAGCGCAGGAAAUCACGCACAAGGCGUUGCCUUAUCCGGUCAUGCCCUCGGUAUCCCUUCUGUCGUCGUGAUGCCAGUGUCCACCCCUUCAAUCAAAUGGCGAAAUGUUCAAAGACUCGGAGCCAAAGUUGUUCUUCACGGACAAGAUUUCGAUGCCGCCAAGGCCGAAUGCCUCCGACUGGCCGAGAAAGAUGGUCUUACUUUCGUCCCUCCUUACGAUAACCCCUUGAUCAUCGCUGGUCAGGGUACGAUCGCCGUGGAGAUUUGUCGGCAGAUGAAAGAUUGUGCUGAAGUCGAUGGUGUCUUUGCAAGUAUCGGAGGAGGAGGGUUGAUAGCGGGAAUAGCAGCGUAUAUCAAACGUAUAGCUCCUGCGGUGGGGGUUUAUGGGAUUGAAACUCACGAUGGGGAUGCUAUGGAACGUAGUUUGAGGAAAGGGAAGAGAGUCAUGUUAGAUGAAGUUGGACCUUUUGCAGAUGGGACAGCAGUGAGGAUAGUAGGAGAAGAGACUUUUAGAGUUUGUAGGAAAUUACUGGACGGAGUGGUGAAAGUUGGGAAUGAUGAGAUUUGUGCGGCUAUCAAAGAUAUAUUUGAAGAAACUAGAUCCAUACCUGAACCAUCAGGGGCGUUAGCGUUAGCAGGCUUGAAAGCGCACAUAGAAAGAAACGGUCUACAAGGGAAAAACAAACGUUUUGUCGCUGUUGUCUCUGGGGGGAAUAUGAACUUUGGUAGAUUACGAUUCGUGGCGGAGCGUGCGGAGAUAGGAGAAAGAAGAGAAGUAUUAAUGUCUAUUCGAUUACCUGAGCGUCCUGGAAGCUUUGUAAACUUUUACAACCUUUUAGAUAAUCGAGCCGUCACAGAAUUUUCAUAUCGGUAUUCAUCACCUACAACAGGAUACAUAAUAACUUCUUUCAUCUUACGAUCUUCUUCUUCAACUGCUUCCGGUCCCACUCCCGAAGCUCGAGCUGAAGAAGUGGCAAAGCUCAUUUCGACUUUCACGGAGAAUGGUAUCGAAGCUGUGGAUUUGAGUGAGGAUGAAUUUGCUAAAUCACACGUUAGACACCUGGUAGGAGGGAGGAGUGUGGUGGAACAUGAGAGGAUAUUCCGAUUUGAAUUCCCUGAAAGAUUAGGUGCUUUGGGUCAAUUUUUGAAGAGUGUAAAGGCAGAUUGGAAUAUCUCUUUGUUUCAUUAUCGUAAUCAUGGUGCUGACGUAGGUAAAGUCCUGGUAGGGAUUCAAGUCCCUCCGUCCGAUUACGCAACAUUCGAUGAAUUCCUAAGUGAUCUAGGUUAUCCUUAUGUGGAAGAAACUCAGAACGUCGCUUAUAAAAACUUUUUGUGUAUUUGA